CUCAACUUCUUCAUUACAUUCUCUCGAAAUAAACUCACUUUCCACACUUUAUCAUUGCCUCCACAUCGUUUUCCUCGACACGCCUAUACAAAACCGGAUAAUGGCUGCUGAAGUAUAUCACCGGAGUAUUGGCACUUUGCAGUCCUGUUCUUAUUUGAAUAAGUCUAAUCAUCACCAAAAGCUUAGCAAAACUUCAGUAAGAUUGGUGGCAAAGGAUUUUAUCAGUAGUAAUGGCUUGUCAAGGAGAGAAAGUAAUCACUCUGGCCAGAGGAAUUGUAGUGUAAGUCAAUCUUCAGCUUCCCAAACAUCAGUGGUUGAUCCAGUGUCAUCCCCUUCAAGAAGAAACACCGGAGACACUUACAAGAAAUCAAAUGAAGCAUCUUUGAUCCUUAUUCGACAUGGUGAGUCGUUAUGGAAUGAAAAGAAUUUAUUCACGGGUUGUGUUGAUGUCCCGCUAAGCAAGAAGGGUAUAGAUGAGGCAAUUGAAGCUGGAAAAAGAAUUAGCAGCAUUCCUGUUGAUGUCAUAUUUACAUCUGCUUUGAUUCGUGCACAAAUGACAGCUAUGCUUGCCAUGACCCAACAUCGUCGUAGAAAGGUCCCUAUCAUUAUGCACGAUGAGAGUCAACAGGCAAGGUCAUGGAGUCAAGUUUAUAGUGAAGACACAAAAAAGCAGUCCAUUCCUGUCAUAUCAGCUUGGCAACUAAAUGAAAGAAUGUAUGGAGAACUACAAGGCCUCAAUAAGCAAGAAACAGCAGACAGAUAUGGGAAAGAACAAGUCCAUGAGUGGCGACGGAGUUAUGACAUUCCUCCUCCAAAUGGUGAAAGUUUGGAAAUGUGUGCUCAAAGAGCGGUUGCCUAUUUCAAAGACCAAAUUGAACCUCAACUUUUAUCAGGAAAGAAUGUUAUGAUUGCAGCCCAUGGUAAUUCAUUGAGAUCCAUUAUCAUGUAUCUCGACAAAUUAACUUCCCAAGAGGUCAUUAGUUUGGAACUAUCAACUGGAAUUCCCAUGCUUUAUAUUUUCAAAGAGGGAAGAUUCAUUAGGAGGGGUAGUCCCAUAGGACCUUCUGAAGCUGGAGUUUAUGCCUAUACUAAGCGUUUAGCUCUUUACAGGCAGAAAUUGGAUGAGAUGUUCCAAUGAUAUGUAUUUUUAGGAGAUACAUUUAUCUUUAAUCGGAAGCGUCACAGUUGAAUCACAAUCAAACGGAGGAGAUGCUCUUAGCAUCACUCUUUUAAGUACAAAGAAUAUUUGCACUUAGG